GAGCGUGAGUUAGGAGACAAAAACACUCCAACAAAUAUAAUUCUAGAAGUCUCUCCUAUCAUCUCAUAAAACCCACUCGAAAACAUCACCUCAUCACUCUUGCAAGCUAGGGUUUUAUCUGCUUUCCUCAAACUUUCAAGCAUUUCCAGAACUGGUGGCCAAAGAAAAAAAAUAAAAUGGCAACAGCACAGUUGACAGCAUCCUCAAUUUCGGUUUCAGCAAGGAACUUGUCUGCCUUUGAAGGAUUAAGAGCUUCUAAUGUUAAGUUUGCGUCUUUUAAACCAGCUGGUGGCUUUGCUCUCUCUCAACGCCCUUUUCGGUGCUUGGUAGUUAAAGCUGCCACUGUUGUCGCUCCCAAGUACACAUCUAUUAAGCCCUUGGGUGAUAGAGUGCUGGUGAAGAUCAAGACUGUUGAGGAGAAGUCUGAGGGUGGCAUCUUACUUCCAUCUUCUGCCCAAACAAAGCCUCAAGCUGGUGAGGUGGUUGCUGUUGGAGAAGGGAAGUUGAUUGAGAAGACCAAGCUGGAUAUUUCUGUGAAGACCGGUGCCCGGGUUGUAUAUUCCAAGUAUGCUGGGACUGAGGUGGAGUUCGAUGGCUCAAGUCAUCUUAUACUAAAGGAGGAUGAUAUUAUCGGCAUCCUUGAGACAGAUGAUAUCAAGGAUCUUAAGCCACUGAAUGAUAGAGUAUUCAUAAAGGUUGCUGAGGCAGAGGAGAAAACUGCUGGAGGCUUGUUGCUGACAGAGGCAACUAAAGAGAAACCUUCUAUUGGCACAGUGAUAGCAGUUGGACCUGGACCACUUGACGAGGAAGGUAACAGGAAGGCACUAUCUGUGUCCCCAGGAAGCACAGUUUUGUAUUCCAAGUAUGCUGGGAAUGACUUCAAAGGGAGUGACGGUGCUAACUACAUCGCAUUGAAAGCUUCCGAUGUAAUGGCUAUACUCUCUUAGUUGUCAGUAUUCUCUACAUGUGUUACUGUUUUGUGGCUGAGAUGCCUUAGGGCAUACGGAUUGUGAUUGUAGUCUUUGAAUGUAAUUUGAACUGCUGGAUUGUUUGAAUCAAUUUGUGGCGCAAAUCCUCACUAAGAUUUCUGGCUGACACCCCCAGUGGGUGGGGGGUGGAUUUCGUCAAAGAAAGAUAGGGAUGAUGAUAAUAAUAGACUAUAUUCACUGGUUAAAGCAGUUUUAAUCU